AUGUUGCGCAAUUUAGCUACAAUGGCGUCGUCAUUUUCUCGUAUCGUUCGCUUCGUGCCCAAGUCCGAUGCCUCCAAAGUCUUUGUUGGAGAACCAGUCGACCCGAAGGUUGAUGUCGGGCUAGCUCUCUACGAGGGCAAAGAUGUCCAAGUAAACCGGUUCUCAGGAUCGUCUAUUCUGGCCCCGGGCGAGAAAACUGGAAACGUCGAAAGCAUCAAAACAGUUCUUUCGCCGUUGGCGCAAAGCGAAGCUGAUCUGAAAAUAAACAAACAGUACACCUCCCACGCAGCAGAGAUGGGACUCGCCAUUCCAGAACUCCCUACAGUCUUCCUCAAACCAGCCACUUCUCUCGCGGAUCCCUGGCCAGCACCGUCAAUCCUGCCCAAAAUUACGCAAAAGGACAACACCGGAGACUACGAAUCAGAAUUAGCGAUUAUUAUCGGCAAGACCGCAAAGGAUGUCUCCGAGGCUGAUGCUCUCAACUAUGUGCUUGGAUACACGGCCGCCAACGACGUCUCCAGCCGAACGUCACAGACAAACCAAAGCCAGUGGUGUUUUUCCAAAGGAUUCGACAGUGCAUGCCCGCUAGGCCCUGUCGUCGCGUCGUCGUCCCUCGUCCCCGAUGCAGCCAAACUCCGGAUUACUGGAGCCAGAAACGGCACCGUCGUCCAAGAUUGUCCUCUCACAGACAUGAUCUUCAGCGUAUCGCAACUUGUCAGCUUCCUCUCACAAGGCACAACCCUACUACCCGGCACCGUCAUUCUCACAGGUACUCCGCCAGGCGUUGGCGCCGCAAAGAAGCCUCCACAAUUCCUCAAGGCUGGUGAAGAAUUCCGCGUCACGCUGGACCCCCAUGUUGGAACGCUGGUGACUCGGUUUGAGAACGAGCAAUAG